CGGCACGGAUUCAAGCAACGAAGCCAAGAACCUCCUCUUUUAUCUUUAAAAGAAUAUGACAGAUGUUCAAAAGGGUGUCUGGGGAAAAUACAGGAAACAUCGCCGAAGAUCUUGAGUUCAAUUAAACACAAAGCACUGAAGCCUGAAGGACAUCGCAAAUACUGCAGCAGUUUCCAGAAAGCCGACGCAGACGCGCCGCCUAGAUGGCAGAAGCGCGCAGGUCCGUCGCUGGAAACCGUCGUUCGCAGCGCAGCCCGCUGUUUCACAGACACGCCACUAGAUGGCGGGACGAGGCAGGGAAAACGGCAGCAGACGGAGUCCUUCCCGUCCCUUCCCUUCCCUUCCCUGCUCUGCUUCCCUCCCAGCGCACUGUUGGAGGAUGUCGUCCCUUCCUGUUCUUCCGCGGCUCCGCGAGACGGCUGCGCGUUCCAUUAUGUCCCUGCCCGUAGCCGCGCUGUCCUCGCGGUGACACGCACGCACUCGGCGCGCUGCUCGACGUUGAUGCCACACGCGUAUCCAGGUUUUGCGGCGCAGUCGUCGGCGGAUCUCGGCGCGCCGUGACUCGUCGGCCCGCAGCCCCGGAGCCCCCGCAGCCCCGCAGCCGCGCCUCCAUGGUGCUCCUCCCGCGGCCUCAUGGCGGAGACCAAGAUCAUCUACCACAUCGACGAGGAGGAGACGCCGUACCUGGUGAAGCUCUCGGUGCCGCCGGAGAAGGUCACUCUGGCCGACUUCAAACAUGUGCUCAACAACCGGCCCGUCAACAGCUACAAGUUCUUCUUCAAAUCCAUGGACCAGGACUUCGGGGUUGUCAAGGAGGAGAUUUCCGACGACAACGCCAAGCUGCCAUGCUUCAACGGGAGGGUGGUAUCCUGGCUGGUCCUGGCCGAGAGUGCCCACUCGGACGGAGGCUCCCACAGCGCUGAGAGCCAGCCCGAAUUGCCGCCCCCCCUGGAGAGGCCCGGUGGCAUCGGAGACUCCAGGCCCCCUUCCUUCCACGCCAACGCCGUGAGCAGCCGCGACGGUCUGGACACGGAGACGGGCACGGAGUCCCUCCUCAGCCACCGGCGCGAGAGGGAGAGGGAGCGGACCCGGAGGAAGGGCCGCGAAGCAGAGUUUUCCCGUGUGAACGGCCACGCCAAGGCGGAGCGUGCGGCCCGCGACUCGGCCAUGGGCUACGAUAGCACCUCCAUGAUGAGCAGCGAGCUGGAGUCGAGCUCCUUCAUCGACAGCGAGGACGAUGAGGACGCCAGCAGACUCAGCAGUUCCACAGAGCAGAGCUCCUCAUCUCGACUGAUGCGGAGACACAAACGCCGACGAAGGAGACACAAGGUGGCCAAAAUGGACCGGUCGUCUUCAUUCAGCAGCAUCACAGACUCGACUAUGAGCCUCAAUAUAAUCACAGUCACCCUAAACAUGGAGAAGUACAACUUCCUGGGAAUCAGUAUUGUGGGACAGAGCAAUGACCGGGGUGACGGGGGAAUCUACAUCGGCUCCAUCAUGAAGGGGGGCGCCGUGGCUGCAGAUGGCAGGAUUGAGCCUGGAGAUAUGCUCCUACAGGUGAACGACGUGAACUUUGAGAACAUGAGCAAUGACGACGCAGUGAGAAUUCUCCGGGAGAUCGUCUCCAAGACCGGACCCAUCAGUCUCACGGUGGCAAAGUGCUGGGACCCGUCCCCUCGCAGCUACUUCACCAUCCCAAGGGCUGAGCCAGUGAGGCCCAUCGACCCCGCUGCCUGGAUCUCCCACACAACGGCGCUCACCGGGCCAUAUCCACACUAUGACUUUGACGACCUGCCGCUGUCUGUGAGUAAGACGGACAUGGCCACCAUUGUGAAGGUGAUGCAGCUUCCAGACUCCGGCCUGGAGAUCCGGGACAGAAUGUGGCUGAAGAUCACCAUUGCCAACGCUGUCAUUGGUGCUGACGUGGUGGAUUGGCUAUAUUCGCGGGUGGAUGGCUUCAAGGACCGCCGGGACGCCAGGAAGUAUGCCAGCAGUCUGCUGAAGCACGGCUACCUGCGGCACACGGUGAACAAGAUCACCUUCUCAGAGCAGUGCUACUACACCUUCGGGGACCUCUGCCAAAACAUGGCAUCCCUCAACCUGAACGAGAGCUCCAGCGGCGGGGGCUCCGAGCAGGACUCCCUGGCUCCCCUACCCCCACCUGCCAACAACCCCUGGCCUAUAGGGGGGCAGCCCUUACCGUAUCCUCCGUAUAGCAGCACACCCUCCACCUUCCCACCAGGCUACUCGGACCCCUGCCACAGCUUCCAGAGUGGCAGUGCAGGCAGUCAGCACAGCGAGGGAAGCAGAAGCAGCGGCUCCAACCCCACUGCAGGAAAGGGUCGACGGGCCUCACCCCGGGAGAAGGAUCGCAAGUCGACGGGUAGCGGGGGCAGCGAAUCAGAGCGGGGCACGCGGGGGGGUUGGCAGGGCGAAUGCUCUGCCAGCCAAUUGAGCCACACCCACUCAAGUCACAGCCACACCCAUUCUGUUUACAGCCACACGCAGUCUCACCGGAGCCACGCCCAUACAUCAAGCAGCCACGCUCCCUUUUCAUACAGCCACGCCCCCUUCGUUCAGCACAGCCACCCCUCUUGUACCCACAGUGAGCGAAGCCACGCCUCCUCCUAUGGGCCCCCUGGGCUGCCACCCCCGUAUAGCCUGGCCUGGCUGGCCCCCGGUGCCUCUGCAGGUGGGAGUCCCCCGGGGGCGCCUCCGGUGCGCGAGCUGGGAGCCGUUCCCCCAGAGCUCACCGCCAGCCGCCAGUCCUUCCAGCACGCCAUGGGCAACCCCUGCGAGUUCUUUGUCGACAUCAUGUGACUGGACAGUGCCUUUUCAAAUGCGCACGCACACACACACACACACACACACACACACACACACACACAGAGGGCAGCACAGGCUAGGGGGUCUGCCUCCUCCACUGAAAACCACCUGGCUGCCACCCCCCACUUCCAUGAGAAGUGGGACACUGUUCCCCCCGCAUUGCCAUCCGCUCAGAACUGCAAACGUAUACUAAACCAAGGAGAAACUCUGCAUGACUGCAUAGCUGCGGGUUUUAUGGAAGUGCCAGUGACCUUUCUGCUCCACCAGCUCAUGCUUCUGAUCGCUAUUAAAUGCAAAUGGGAUUGUGAGCCUGACUUUCUACUGUGACUGACUUGAGUGGUAUCGCUGAUUCCUCCUGUCCCUGUUGGGUCUGGAUCUCAAUCCCCAGACCCGGAUGGCGGGGAUUUGGAGGUCUCCCGAGACCUGGGUUUAUGGUCACAAACAUAGAGAUGACCUCAUUCUCCAGCACCGUCACCUGGUGCCCUGCCAAGCCCUCGAGAAUUGGGCUGACCGCGGUGUGCAGGAGCAGCGCCGACCCGCUGAAACACGGCACGUCUGCCUGCGAAGCUGCAGGCCUUGCAAGGAGUGAGCGCUGCCGUUGCAGGAGGAAUGCCUGGAGUGCUCCCUCUCGAGAACAACGCCCUGCGAGACGGUGCGUUUGCUGGACAGGCGCUCAUACAGAACCCGGGAUUCUGUAGUGCUGGCUGAGUCCUACCAUAGCUCGGUGACCUUCUUCCUGACAGCAAACAUGCACCCUGGAGGAUGGGUCCUCUCUUCGUGUCGUGUUGCCUUCGCAAGCUGUAAUUCAUUUGUAUGUCCAGAUGUGUUUUGCAGUGUUCAGACAGACAGACAGACAAUCAGUCCGUGGCCUAGGCAAGCAGCAGCGCCCACGGUAGCAGUUCGCACAGCCUCAACCAUUGACCUGUGCAGCUACCCGCACACAGACCCACUUUAUAACCCCCACCCGGUGUGUAGAAUGUAUGGAAGAGUUAAAAUUAACACUUUGUGUAAAGAGAAGUUUUAAAGCUUUCUGUAUAGCACAAAAAAGCUUCAAAGUUGUGCAUUGGCUGCAGUGCUUCAGCACAGACCCCCAAGGCGAACCGUGGUCCAACACCAGGAGAGCUAGGAGAACCGCGCACCCCCCUGCCCCCCACCCGCACCUGGCUCCCAUGAAUGUGGACCAACAUACUUCCAACCAAAGGUUGUGGUGGCCAGGGUUGUGUGUUGCACUCUUCGAUGUAGAGUGUGUGUAGACGGAAGCCCCCCUUGGCUGUUAACGCCUUUCAUUGUGUAGCAUAGCGAUAGCAGAAAACAAAAAAAAUUUGCAUAAUAAUGUGUGAUUUUGAUAACCAAUGUAGUGUUGAUAUCAGGCAGUGCUGCUUGUACUUUUGAAAAAAGUUGUUUUAAAUAUUAGAUGGGAAAUACAUGAUGUGACCGCCCCUCAGCCCAGACCCUACAGCAAAGCAUCUUUGGCACUCUAAAUUAUUGAGCACUUUCUAAAUGUGACUAUCCGGCCCUUUGGUAUGAAACACUGUUUCUCAAGCUUUGCUUGCUUUUAUUUCUUUAAUAUUGAAGAAGAUU